UACUCUAUACGAUGACGUCAAACGAGAUCGAUCAUGAAUAAAGUUUUUGUGGGCAGUUGAACGGAGUGCUGUUUUGAUAGGUUCACUAGUUUUGAAACCUUUUUCGGAUUCCUGGGGCGGAGUGACGGGGUUAUGGAAGGCAGUCAGAGCGUGGUAGGGACGGAGAGUGUUGUGUUUCAGAACGAGACGCCGUGGAACGCCACGAUACCCGCCAUGAGCGAGGGCCUGAGUCACCAGUUCAUCUACAGCAUCUACGCCCAGAUAGUGUCCGGUUUCUUCGUCUGGAUAGCCUUCAUACUCACAUGUCUUCAAAUAUUUCAACAUCUCCGCUACUACACUGUACCUGAGCAGCAACUCUGGAUUGUCAGAAUCCUCUUCAUCGUCCCGAUAUACGGCGUGUGCUCGUGGGUGGGGCUAAUCUGGCCAGGCUACUCCGUCUAUUUCGACUCAAUCCGAAGCUGCUACGAGGCGUUUGUCAUCUACAACUUUCUGCGGCUAUGUCUGGCGUAUCUUGGUGGGGAGGCGUCAGUUCUGAGUGACAUCAACGGCCAACCAAUACAGAGGAGUUGUGUGGCAGGGACUUGCUGUUUCCCGCAAACGACCUACUCCAUCCGAUUCCUUCGUUUCUGCAAGCAGGCCACUCUCCAGUUCUGUGUGGUGAAGCCUGUGGUUGCGGGACUCACAAUCAUCAUGGAAGCUGUCGAUGUAUACAGAGAAGGCCACCUCAGUCCAACUGCAGGUUACUUCUACUGCUCCAUUGUGAACAACAUAUCAGUGACUAUUGCCCUCUACGGCCUGUAUCUCUUCUACUCCGCCACAAAACCUCUCCUCUCUCCCUUCCGACCUUUCCUCAAGUUUAUCUCUGUCAAGGCCAUCAUCUUCCUCUCCUUCUGGCAAGGUUUUCUCCUGACAGUACUGUACUGGUCGCCCAUUCUCAACGACCCCAACAUCUCGGCUGCCUACCAGAACUUUCUCAUCACCAUCGAGAUGCUGUUUGCUGCCAUCCUCCUGCGGUUUGCGUUCCCCUACGGGCUCUACAUGGACAUGAGGAAGGACGGGAUGGGGCGAGGGGUGCCAGUCAAGAAGUCGCCGACAACUUUAGAAAUACUCUGA